AAGGUUUGGGAGAAGUUAAAGUAUAUAUGGAUAGAAGACCUACAAUUCAAUGCACGCAAAGAGCAAGUAAAGUUAAAUCGAGCAAAAGGCCCCAAGGUAUUGUGGUCACUAAUGAUGGAAAUGCCAUUUUGCGUGAAUUAGAUCUUGCCCAUCCAGCAGCAAAGUCAAUGAUUGAAUUGAGCCGCACCCAAGAUGAAGAAGUAGGCGAUGGAACAACAUCUGUUAUUGUUCUUGCUGGUGAGAUGCUCCAUGUUGCAGAAGCUUUUAUUGACAAAAAUUAUCAUCCCACUGUUAUUUGUAGAGCAUACAAUAAGGCCCUGGAGGAUGCUAUUGCUGUGCUCGACAAGCUUGCAAUGCCUAUUGAUGUGAAGGAUCGUUCAAUGAUGUUGGGACUGGUCAAAAGUUGUAUUGGAACAAAAUUCACGAGUCAGUUUGGGGAUUUGAUUGCUGAUUUGGCUAUUGAUGCAACUACAACAGUUGGGGUUGAUCUUGGUCAAGGAUUGCGCGAAGUCGAUAUUAAGAAGUACAUUAAGCUUGAGAAAGUUCCUGGAGGGCAGUUAGAAGAUUCUAAGGUCCUUAAAGGAGUGAUGAUUAGUAAAGAUGUGGUAGUCCCUGGUAAAAUGAGAAGAAAGAUUGUAAAUCCACGUAUCAUUCUUCUUGAUUGUCCCCUUGAGUACAAGAAAGGUGAGAACCAAACAAAUGCUGAACUGGUUAGAGAAGAAGAUUGGGCAAUACUCUUGAAAAUGGAAGAAGAAUACAUUGAGAAUCUUUGUGCACAGAUAUUGAAGUUCAAACCAGAUUUGGUGAUCACAGAGAAGGGGCUUAGUGAUUUGGCAUGCCAUUACUUUGGUAAGGCUGGUGUCAGUGCCAUUAGAAGGUUGAGGAAGACAGACAACAAUAGGGUUGCCAAGGCUUGUGGUGCAGUUAUUGUGAACCGGCCUGAUGAACUACAAGAAUCUGAUGUAGGCACCGGAGCUGGGUUGUUUGAGGUUAAAAAGAUAGGAGAUGAGUUCUUUGCAUUCAUUGUUGAUUGCAAAGAUCCAAAAGCUUGUACUGUACUAUUAAGAGGAGCAAGCAAGGAUCUCCUAAAUGAAGUGGAAAGAAAUUUGCAGGAUGCCAUGUCUGUUGCAAGAAAUAUAAUCAAGAACCCAAAACUUGUACCUGGUGGUGGUGCCACAGAAUUAACUGUUUCUGCCUCUUUGAGGCAGAAGAGCUCAUCUGUUGAAGGCAUAGAGAAGUGGCCCUAUGAAGCUGCUGCCGUUGCUUUUGAGGCCAUUCCACGUACUUUGGCACAGAAUUGUGGGGUCAAUGUGAUUAGGACAAUGACUGCCCUGCAAGGAAAGCAUGCAAAUGAAGAAAAUGCUUGGAUUGGCAUUGAUGGGAAUACUGGUGCUGUUGCUGACAUGAAAGAGCAGAAGAUUUGGGAUGCAUACAAUGUGAAGGCACAAACCUUUAAGACGGCCAUAGAAGCUGCUUGCAUGCUUCUGAGAAUUGAUGACAUUGUCAGUGGAAUUAAGAAGAAGCAGGCACCUGGAGCAGGCCAAGGUCCAUCAAAGCCCAAGGUUGAGACGGAGGCAGAUGCAGAUGGUGAGCAAAUACUUCCUGAUUGAAGAUGCUAGGCCUAGUCUACUGACUUAACAUUCAAUAUUUCAUGCAGAUGCCGGUUGUCUUAUUGGCUGGUCCUUCAGUUUUGUUUUGUCAUUUUAUUUGUAUUUUACUUAGAGCCUUGUCUUUGCUGCCCCUGGUGUUAGAGCAUUCAAUCAAGAUUUUAUUGCAUCAACAUCUAUUUUAGAGUGUUUUGGGUGCUUUUAUAUGAUUUAACAUUUUACAUUAUAGUAGUGUAGAUGCAGCAUCUGUUGAAGUCCUCUCUUUUAGGACCAUAGUAAAAACAAAUUUUAAGAUGUUGAUUUUAUUCCCAAAAUACAUGAAUUUAUACAUG